AUGAGCGGCCCCAGUCAAGACGAAGUAGACCGAGUGCUACGCCUAAAAAGCCGCGAACGCGAAUCCCACGCCUGCUACCCCUGCAAGAAACGCAAAGUCAAGUGCGACGGGACCCAGCCCUGCAAAACCUGCCAAAGGCGCAAGCACCCGCAGAUAUGCACGUACGAGCUCUCGCACUCACGCCGCAGAUCGACUUCGCAUCGAGAAAUUACUCGCUCGGCGUCGCCUACUUCUCCACGUGCCGUGGGUGAUGGUAGCAACAAGAUACCUUCUCGGCCGGAUGAUGGAUCUAAGAAUUAUGUAUAUUCGGGAGAUAACUCGGUCGUGUCGAUUUUGCGGUUGAGGGCGUCGGAUGCUAAUGAGUCGAUGGCGCGGGAGGUUGGGUCUGUUCUCGGAUUGCAGAAUACGUUCAAUAGUUAUCCUUUUAUGGACUCGAAGACUCCGCGGGAUCGGUGGAGGGCGUUGCUAAGUGUGUUGCCGCAGAGGAAUGAGAUUUUGAAGUUCUUCCAUUACUACCAGGUCACCGCUUAUCCGUUCAACCCGAUACUGGCAGACAUGGGUCGUUUCGAAUCUGAUCUUUGCAUUUACUUGAAUGCCCAUUCUGAAGGUGAUUUCAAGUCUUCUGAUAAGAUCACAGAGCGUUGGGCGACGGAUAAAUCCAUCGGCCAUAUUAGUCUUUUGCUAGCUACUUUGGCUGCGGGAGCGCAUUACUCUGACAUUGAAUAUCCUCAGCGAUUGGAGCUUGCAACGGACUUUGCUCGUCGAUCCUUUCAUGCUCUUCGAUUAGCUAAUUUCUUGUUCCGACCAUCCCUGGACAUCAUCCAGGCACUCUUGAUUCUAGGUAACACGCUGCAAAAUAUGGGUCAGUCUGACGCGGCGUGGGCAUUACUCGGGACUACGGUCCGGCUCGCUCAGACGAUGGGGUUGCAUACACAACGGAGUACGGUACAUUUGCCUGAGCAUGUGCAAACCAAAGCGCGGGCGCUGUGGUCAACCAUCGUUUGGCAAGAUAGUCUUCUCUGCCUAUGCUAUGACCGCCCACCCAUCGUCACAGUAACAGGAUGGCCCCUCGACCAGCCCGUCUUUGAACAGCAGGACUUAUCAUACGAGGAUGUCAUGCACUUGAUAUGUCGACUCGGCCUAGACAUCAUGCGAGCAGAUUCUAUAGGAUUAGACGAAUUCGAUCAGGCAAUCGGCUAUCUCCAAAGACUAGACAGCAUCUCCCAACGCGGUCAACCCUACCUCCAAUCCCGACAAAACUGCACCUCCCUCCAGCAAAAUCUUCAACAUCUAGCUCUCAGAAUGCACACCUCCUUCUGCGUAUCGGUAAUCUGCCGUCCAGCAAUGAAGAAAACCCCUCCCCAACUCCUCCACCCUCAAUCCGAUCUCCUCCGGUCCCGCGCAAAAGGUAGCUUAAUCGAUGCCUCAAAAGCAUUUCUCGAAUUCCAAGCCCUAAGCGUGGUUCCCCUGCGCAGUUGGUCCAUGGUUCAUACAGUCCUAAGCUCAACAUUGCUGCUGUGCAUCUGGGAAGAAACUCGCAAUAACCCCGAAUGCCGUGGCUUGCAACAGCGCGUGAUUGAUGUGUUUUCAACUUCUGAUUCCAAGAUCAGCGAUGAUGGAAGUUCUUUGUCCAAUGGUGGCAAUCAAUGGCUAUCAGCUCGGCAUAUUAGGGCUUUGGUUACGCUUAGGAGUGCUUUGGAUCGAGAAGGGGAGAUGGGAACCGCUGAAAAUGAGAAUUUGAAUGUGUUGGGCGCUAGUCUUGUGCCGCCGCUUGGUGUUGGACCUGAGGGUUAUUUGGAUAUGCUGAAUCCCAUGGAUUUCUCGCCCGUCUCGUAUCUCGACUCGAUCAUGAAUGUUCCUCUGUUUGACUUUACACAGGAAACUGGCUUCAUGUGA